AUGACGCGAUCUGCCCGCACUGAGGUCGUUUCUAGGGCUCCGUCGCCCCGCGAUGACGCGGCCCGCCCGGUCACGCCCACCCGUCAGCAGACCCCGCCCACCGCCGCCAGCGCCGCCGGGGACCCCGCUGCGGGGAAUGACGGGAGCCGGACAUCGGAGGCCACGCCCACCAGCGCUCAGGACACGCCCACCGAUGCCAGGGAGACGCCCACUGCGGCUCGGGCCACGCCCUCCGCUGCGGGGAAUGACGGGAGCCUGACAUCAGAGGCCACGCCCACCUGCGCGCAGGCCACGCCCACCGGGUGGGGCGGGGCCGGGAGGGAGGGACACACCCACAGGAGAGGACACGCCCAUAGAUCAGACCACGCCCACCUAAGAAGACUUAGCCUCUGCCCCGGCCACGCCCACAGCGCAGACCACGCCCACGCCAGGGGACACAUCCUCGCCCUGGCUACGCCCACAGGGAGGCCACGCCCACGCCAGGGGACACAGCAGAGCACAAGCCCCGCCCCCAGGCCGGGAGACGCUCAUCUAAGAGGCCCCGCCCCCAGGGUGAGGCACCGCACAGCAGAGGCCACGCCCCCAGCAGGCCACGCCCACCUCAGGGUCCCUCCAAAGCCUAGGGCAGCAGGGGACACGCCCACAGGCCAGGCCACGCCCCCAGCCCAGGCCACGCCCACCUCAGGGACCCUCCAAAGCGUAGGGCAGCAGGGGCCACGCCCACAGGCCGGGCCACGCUUACAGGUCGGGCCACGCCCACACCAGGGACCAAAUCAUUGGGCAAAGCUGAGCCACGCCCACCACAGACCACGCCCACCUCAAGGAACCCUAGAAAGCUUACGGCACCAGGGGCCACGCCCACAGGCCGGGCCACGCCCACAGGCCGGACCACGCCCACAGCCCGGACCACGACCCCACAGCCCGGGCCACGCCCACAGCCCUGACCACGCCCACAGCCCUGACCACGCCCACAGCCCGGGCCACGCCCACAGCCCGGACCACGCCCACCGCCCGGACCACGCCCACCGCCCGGACCACACCCACAGGCCGGGCCACGCCCACAGCCCUGACCACGCCCACAAGCGUCGGACACGCCCACCCCCAGGCUCUCCCAGGCCGAGUGACUGAGUGGGUCUGAUUGACAGCCUCAGGGGGCGGGGCCGGGCUCUCUCUGCUUAGCUCCGCCCCCUUAGUUCUUCCCCGACCCAAGCCCCGCCCCUUCCCUUCCUCAUUAUCAUAACCCCGCCCCCUCAUUACCUUAGCCCCGCCCCUCCAGUCUCCUCUC